AACCCAGAGCUUCCCCCCCACCCCCACCUCCUCCUCUCCCCCCCCCCCCCACGCCGCCCCGGCAGCAGGGCCCCCCUCCCCGCCCGGCUCGCGGGGUCUGCGGCAGCUGGAGGAGGGAGCAGCGUGAGCAGCCAUGAAGGACCGUACUCAGGAGCUGCGGACUGCCAAAGACAGCGACGAUGAAGAAGAGGUGGUUCAUGUGGACCGGGAUCAUUUUAUGGACGAAUUCUUCGAACAGGUGGAGGAAAUCCGCGGCUGCAUAGAGAAGCUGUCGGAGGACGUGGAGCAGGUGAAGAAGCAGCACAGCGCCAUCCUGGCUGCUCCCAACCCAGACGAGAAGACCAAGCAGGAGCUGGAGGACCUCACGGCCGACAUCAAGAAGACGGCCAACAAGGUGCGCUCCAAGUUGAAAGCCAUCGAGCAGAGCAUUGAGCAGGAGGAGGGGCUGAACCGGUCCUCGGCUGACCUGCGGAUCCGUAAAACACAGCACUCCACCCUGUCCCGUAAGUUCGUGGAGGUGAUGACGGAGUACAACGCCACCCAGUCCAAAUACCGGGACCGCUGCAAGGAUCGGAUCCAGAGGCAAUUGGAGAUAACUGGCCGGACAACCACCAACGAAGAGCUCGAAGACAUGCUGGAGAGCGGCAAACUGGCUAUUUUCACUGAUGAUAUCAAAAUGGACUCACAGAUGACGAAACAGGCUCUGAAUGAGAUCGAGACCCGACACAAUGAGAUCAUCAAACUGGAAACCAGUAUCCGCGAGCUGCAUGACAUGUUUGUGGACAUGGCUAUGUUGGUGGAGAGCCAGGGGGAGAUGAUUGACCGCAUUGAAUAUAACGUGGAGCACUCUGUUGACUACGUGGAAAGAGCUGUGUCCGACACCAAGAAAGCUGUAAAAUACCAGAGCAAGGCUCGGAGGAAGAAAAUUAUGAUUAUAAUUUGUUGCGUGGUCCUUGGUGUAGUUCUUGCUUCCUCAAUUGGGGGGACUCUGGGGUUGUAAAUUAAAGCAAAAAAAUAUAUAAUAAUAAUAAUAAUAUAAUAAUAAUUUAAAGAAAAAUUGUACAUGCAAUGGAUAUAACAGCACAUGUUCCAGCUACCUAUACAUACACUCCUUGGGGGUCAGCAAAUCUAAGUUUCUUGUUCUCUGCCAUCUUUCCAUCCAUCUCUCCAUCCCCCAGAGGCCUGGGUUCUCCCCAGAUCUUCUGACAUCCUUGACCACUGGUAGGAGGGCGUCGAUUUGUCUCAUAACCAACCUUUGGGUUCACAGUGACCCAAAGCUCCGGUUCCUCUUCACAUCAGGGCUUAGCCUGGAGGGACGGUGUGGUGAUCUGUCCUUUGUUAACGCUAUCUUGUUUUGGGUUCUGCUGGGGAUGGUGUGGCCAAUAGUAGAGGGGAAAAAUACCAGUAAAAUACAUGGGAAAUUAGCAUAACAGGAUAUUAUACUGUCAAUACUAGAAUGUUAAGGAAUGCCAGAGUGGUUACCAAUCAGUUGUUAUGAAAAAAAAUACCAGUUUAUUCUAGGAAAUACGACAGUACCUGACUCUUACACUGUCAAUACUAGCCCACUGAGGAAAAGGGGAGUCGUUACCCAUCAGUCAUUAUGGAAAAAAUAACAGAGAAUUAUAUGAAACAUUAGAGCAGCAAACUAUUACAAUAUCAGUACUAAAAUAUUAAGGAAUAUCAGAAUGAUUACCAGUCAGUCACUGGCUGGGGGGGGGGGGGGGAACGACAGACUGCUACAUAAAAUACUAGAGUAACAGGAAACAGUGUUCAUACUAGAGCAUUGAGGAAUUCAAGAGCAUCCAAUUAUACCUGAGGAUGAAUGGAGCACGAUCCCAAAAUACUAAUAGUAACAUACUAGUCCUGCAGUAUCCAGGAAAACUAGAGUACUAGUAUUAACGUAUAGAGGAAUGCUACAGCAGACUCCAAUGCUACAGUAUCAAUGCUACAGUAUCAAAAAUGCUAGAGUACAAAUACUGUCGUUCCAAAGAAUGCUGUCAUAUCUCAGAAUACUUCAAUAUAGAUUCAUAGAUAUCCAGGUCAGAAGGGACCACUACGAUCACCCAGUCAAGAAUGCUAGAGUACUGAUAUUACAGUAGUCAUGAAUACUGGAGUAGCAAUACAACAGUAUGUAAGAGUGUUAAAACUGUCCAGAUUAAGUCAUCCCUCAUCAGAAGAUAUGAGAAUACUACAAAAUACUCCAGCUUCUGAAGAUACUCCAGUAUGCCUGACUUGGGGAAGCACAUGGCUAUUCCAGCUCACGCCUAUUUCCAAUUACACAUGCCAGGAAUGGUUGCCACUGUGUCAGGUGUUAUUGAAAAAGAAAUGAGCAUUACUACAGAAAUGCUACAAAAUCAAAUAAUACUCCAGUAUUCUAGAUGGGGAGAUCCUAACGUUCAGCCCCUCCUUUGCAUGAGAGCAGCUAUGAAAAAAAUAUUAUUAAGUUAUUAAUGAUCAGGAAAUGUAUUACACUAUGCCAGAGUAACAAUACUGGGCCAUUGUAAAAUGUACUAGAAUAAUGUACACUGACAAGGCAAAUGACACAGUACUUGAGGGUAAUAACAGUAAUACAUGAUCGCAAAUACAACAGCCUUAGGAAGGAUAUUACUGUGGUGUCCUAGUGCAAUGUUGGCUCCUACAACCUAAGCCCUCACAAAAUACUGGAGUAUAAGUACUCCCAAACACUACACCCUUAUAAAACACUAGAAUAAUAUUCUAAAGUAAUAACAGGUCCCAAAUACUAAACUCUUGUAAAAUACUAGAGUAAUAAUGGCACCCCAAAAUGCAAACGCCAUAUAAGAUACUAGAAAAAUAAGGGCUCCCAAAUACUACAACCUUAUUAUAAUUCUGCAGCACUAUAGAGUAAUAAUGGCUACCCAAAUAUUACACCCUUAUAAUACAUUCAGAUAAUAUAUAAAUACUGGACAUACAGGUUUCUGGGGAGGAAAAUCCCACCGUAUUUUAGACUAAGAGUGGUGCCCAAAUACUACACCUUUAUAAAAUUGCUUGGAUACUAUACAUAAUGACUGGUAAUUAUUAGUAAUAAAUGCUAAAUUGUAUGUCUAUGGAAAAAUAUCACGGUAUUCUAGAGUAAUGGGCUACGCAUUUAUUUAAAAAUACCAGAGUUAUAUAGAGUAAUGUGGAAUAUGCAACAUUAUGCCUAAGAAAAGAAAAAAUACAGUAUUCUGGAGUGAGAGUAAGUGGCCAAGUAAAUACGUCCUUGAUAAAUAUAUUAAAGGAAUAUGGAGUAAAAAUGGAUAUCCAAAUAGCAUCUCUUUGAGAAAAAUACUACGGUAGUCUUCAGUAACAAUGGCUUGCCAAGAUCUACAUCACUGUAAACAUCUCAAAUAUUAUACCCUCAUUUUAAAAGAAUCAUAGAAUAGGGCAAUGGUUCCCCACUAGGGGUCCAGGCCCUCUGGGGGACCAUGAGCAGGUUUCAGAGGGGCCGCCAAGCAGGGCCAGUGUUAGACUUGCUGGGGCCCAGGACAGAAAGCCGAAUUCCCACUGCAUGGGGCUGAAGCCCUGAGCCCCACUACCUGGGGCUGAAGCAGAAGCCUGAGCAACUUAGCUUCAGAGUGCCCCCUGUGGCAUGGGGCCCUGGGCAACUGCCCUGCUUGCUACCCCCUAAUGCCCGUCCUGGCUUCUAUAUGCAGAAAACCAGUUAUUGUGGAACAGGUGAGACAUGGAGUUUUUAUAGCAUGUUUGUGGGGCCUCAGAAAGAAAAAGGUUGACAACCCCUGGAAUAGAACAUAGUAACAAUGAAACCCAAAUACUACGUUCAUAUAAAAAUAUUGCACCAGGGUAUAUUAGUAAUAGCUCUAUGGGUAAUACAAUUAUAGUACUGAAUAAUAAGGGCUGUUCAAAUAUGCCCCUGAAAAAAAUAUUGCAGAAACCUAAAGUAAUAUUGGAUAGCCAAGCAAUACAGAGCUAAAAAAUACUACAGUAUUCCAGAGUAAUGGUAGUUCUCCUAAUACAACAUUCUUAUAAAAAUGCUAGAUCUCUAUAAAUUAAUAAUGGAUGCCUAAAUUCUUUACCUUUCUAUGUUAUAUUCGGAAAAAUUACUACAGUAUACUAUGGUAAUACCGACCCUCCAAAUAUUACACCCUUAUAAAAGAUACUGCAGUACUCUAGAAUGUUACUGUUUUCCAAAGAAUGCACCCUUAAGGAAAAUACCGAGGCAAUAUAGAGUCACAGUGAAUGCUGAAAUAUUGUUCCUCUGGAGAAAAUAAUACAAUAUUAUAAAGCAAUCAUGGCUCCCCAAAUACUAUACCUUUUAUAAAAAUGCUAGAGUAAUAACAGAUGUCCAAAUACUGCACAGUUCUAGAAAUGUAAGACUAAUCUAGAGUAAUGCUGGCUAUAUUUGAUUGCUAAAGCAAAUCUAAAGCAAUACUGGUCCCCAAAUACUAUAGCUCUGCAAAAUACUGUGGUAGUCUAGAGUAAUAAUGAUUAUCCAAAUAUGGUACUCUUAUAAAGACCCUGGAGUAUAUAGUGUAAUAGUGGCACUUAAAUAGUAAUAGUAAUCUAGAAUAAUAAUGGUUCUCAAACGCACUCUUGUAAGAAUACUAGAGUAAUUUGGAGUCAUAACGGCUCCCUGAAAAAAACACUUAUAAAAAUAUUUCAAUGAUAUAAAGUACUCAUGACUCCAAAACACACUUUUGUAAGAAUACUAGAAUAAUCUAGGGUAACCAUGGCUUGCGAAUACAGUUUGGAAACGAUUCUCAUUCUAGAUUAUGCUAGCAUUUGUAUACACUAAACUUCUAUAAAUAGUGAUCUAAUUAACAGUGGCUCCUGAAUACACUUCUAGACUAAUUUAGAGUAAUAAUACCUUCCAAACACACUUUGGAAACAAAUAUUACUCUAGAUUAUUCUUGUUUUCUUUCAAAAAAUACUUCUCUAAGAAAAGUAACCUAGAACAAUAAUGGCUCCCAAAUACAUGUUUAUAAUAAUACUAUAGUAAGUUAAAGUAAUAGUGUCUCCCUAUCAGACCCUCAGAAAAUCAUGGAGUAAUGUGGAGUAAUAACCGGUCCCAAAUACACCCUUGUAAAAUACUAAAGAAAUUGGAGCAUUUAUGGCUCCCAAGUAUGCCAUGAUAAAAAUACUGGAAUAAUAAUGUAUCUCCAAUGGCUAGUCCUCCCAAAUUACACUGCAGCAUUCUGGAGUAAUAGCCCCAAACGCUGCCAUGUCACUAUGGUAUUGGAGUUCAUUACUCUAGUACAGUGGAGUAUGCUGUCAGGAGAGUGGGGUUUUUUGUGGGGGGUGAGGUUAUCCCAGAGCAAUAUCAGCCACACCUGGGUAUUAACAGUCUUCAAGGCACCCUACAGCGGAACUAUCUUGUGGCCAAACGCCACUGAGAGCUUUGGCCUCAGGAGGGAAUAGGCAUAGAGGAAAGGACUAGAUUGCUACAAACCACGUGGUGGGACUGUGGCUGGUCCCUCAUCCCAGAUGGAGGGGUGAUCACCCGUCAGGCUAUGAGGAGACACCCCAUCAGGACCCAUCUAGCCCGUACCCAACUGGGGCACAAUCAUCCCUGACCAUCUGCUGCCCCGGAAUCCUGCUUUCCAAUGUCCCAGCAAUGGGGCGAUAUAAUUCUGUCCCCGUACCUCGUCCUUACCCACUAGGUCGUCUUCCUGACUACUGUGUCACACUGUUGCAUUUUAUAACAUACGUGGGUGCACGCACACACACACAUAUAUAUAUAUAUAUAUAGUGUGUGUGUGUGUGUAUUUCUAUUUCCAUACAUAUGUGUGUGUAUUCACACACAUGCUAUACACAACACAUUUCUGCAUGCUGCAUAUUGUAUACAUUAACGUAUGUGUAUCUACCUAUAUGUAUAUGCAUAGGUGUGUAUUUACUUAUUUGUGAUUUUGUGUGUGUGUGUGUAUCUGUGAUUGUGUGUAUGUGUGCAUGUGUAUAUGUAUAUUUGUGAUUGUGUGUGUGUGUGUGUAUAUACACUUACAUAUUAUAUAUAUAUAUAUAUAUAUAUAUAUAUAUAUAUAUAAUUCUAGUUAUGCUAUAUAAAACUAUAUCCUGUGAAUAGGUAGAUAGAUUGAGAUACAUACGGUGUAUACUACAUAUCUGUGUUUGAGUCUCCAGCUCAGUGGCUAUAGACACAGCUGUCGGUGCAGCUGUAGCUAAAUCCUGGUCACGGAGAGUCAAUCUGCUGUAUUUGAGGUGGGUCCCACCGGCCCGCUCUCUGACUGGGAGUGGGGGCAUCCUGUCUAGAUCAGGGAGAAGAGUGAGGAACAUUGAUCUGUGCAGAGCAGACACAAACACACCAAAUAUACUAUACAAGCAGGGUGGGCCCGGAAUGGGGCCAGGUCACAGCUGGUGUCAUUCAGCUUUGCUUCACUGAAGGCAAAGAAGAUGGUAGUUUUAUACCAGCUGGGGAUCUGGCCCAGUGGGUGUAAGAAUAUAUUGGAGGCAAUGUGUAUGUAUAUGUACCAGGAUAGAUAGAUAGAUAGACAGAUAUGCAUAUGUGUAUAUUUGUAUCUUAAAUAUCCUACAGAUGUGUGUGUAUAUAUAUGUGUGUGUGUGUAUAAACAAAUAUUAAAUAUACUAUAGAUGUCUGUAUAUGUGUAUGUAUUAGAUAUAUUAUAGAUGUGUGUAUAUAAACACGAAUAUUAAAUAUGGUAUAUUGAAUUAAACCUCUAUAAUAUAUUUAAUAUUUCGUGUGUGUGUGUGUGUGUAUAUAUAUAGAUACACACAUAUACAGCAUAUUUACUGUUUAUGUGUGUAUGAGUAUAGAUAGACAGACACAUCUGUAGUAUAUUUCCUAUAUAUCUGUAUGCCUGAGUAAAUAUAUUUAUAUUUAAGAUAAAUACACACAUCUAUAGGGUAUUUAAUAUUUAUGUGUAUAUUCAUAUAUAUAAAGAUACAUAAAGACACAUCUACGGCAUAUUUAUUAUGUGUGUAUAGAUAGUAUAUUUCUUAUGUAUCUGUAUGAGUGCAGAUAUAUUUAUAUAUAAAUAUAAGUACACAUAUAUAAUACAUGUACAAUAUGUAUAUUUCCUAUACAUAUAUCUAUAUCGCAUAUAUAUAUAAUAUAUAUCUCAUAUAUAGAUAUAUAUACAUAGAUAUAUGUGUAAAUAUUUAGAUUUAUAUACACACACACACAUACAUAUGUAUAGGAAAUAUACCAUACGCGUCUAUAUCUAUCUUUAUAUAAAAAUAUAUGCAUAAUAUCUUUACUAUGUGUAUAAUAUUUAUAUAUAUAUGUUGUAUAUAAAUAAAUACACACAUACAUAUAUAGUAAAUUUACUAUAGAUGUUUAUCUACCUUUAUAUAUGCAUAUAUAUGCACACACACACAUAUAUAUAAAUAUAUAAAAUAUCCUCUGGGUGUAUCUUUAUGUAUAAGUAUAUAUCUACAUUCCCAUAUACAUAGUAGCUAUGCUAUAUAUGUGUGUAACUAUGUAUACACACAUAUAUCACAAAUAUACUAUAUACCUAUGUAUUCAUACACACACAGUGUGAGAAUAUACUAGACACACACACACACACACACAUACACACACACACUCACAUACAGAGCCAGAAUCCCAGCUGGUACAAAUGAUGAUAGUUCCAUGGAUUUAGAACCACUAACCAUUUCUAUCAGCUGCGGCUUGGCCCCAGGAUCUAGCCGUUAUAUGUUGUAUGUGAUCUGUGUGUGCGCUCACAAUCCCUGUACCCACCUACACAAUCUCCAUUCCGCCGUGUUUGCAUUCCCAGCCCACCUUCCAGAAAACAAAAAAAAAAGGAACAAACCAAACUUAGAUUUUUUGAUCUUUUUUAAACAAAACACAAAAGCGAACAAAAAAAAAAAGCCGUUAAAAAAAGACUAAAAAAAAAAACAAAUGCGGGAGAAAAAUUCCUACCGAGUUGUCGAUGUCCCUCGACUUCCCUUUUUUGGGUAUUGAGCUGUGUAUUGUUUCAGUGUGGGCUGUUUUCCUGUAAUCUGUGGUGUGUUUGCUAAGAAACAAAAAAACAAAUAACAUCUUCAUUUUUUCUUACCUUCCUCCCUUUCCUGUUUCCACUUCCGUUCUCUUCCUCUGCCCCUCUUCAGUCUGUGUGGCAUUAAAACAUUUUUAAAAAGACAAAUGAACUGGA